UCCGCGGUUCCUUUUGGCUUCGGUUUAAACCGUUUGUUUACACCGCGAAUCCGACGCAAAGUUGAACCAGAAAAUCGCCUUCCCAGUUGGUUUUAUGAGAAAAUUGUUGCCAAAAUGUCGCGUCGAAAUGUGUGGACCGGUGAGGAAACGAUGGAGAUGUUGGAGAUAAUUAAGGAAAAGAAUCUGAUGGAGCUGUUCACCAUGAACAGCCGCUCACUGAAGGCGGACUGCGACGUGUACAAGAUCAUCGAGGAGGAGAUGAAAAUGAAUGGUUUCCCAACGAAGGACAGCAGCCAGAUCUAUCAUAAGUGGAAAAAUCUGAAACGAGCGUUCUACAUUUCGAGAAGGACUAACCAAGGCACUGCGAACUGCGAGUUUGCCCGGGAACUAAAGGAAAUCCUAGAGCAACAGUGCCAGACGUCCCGAGAGGUUUUGGAGCAGCGUCGGAAACAAAUUACACAGGUCCUGGAAGAAGGACAACCUGCACCAACGAAGCGUCGACGCGGACCGCCACCGAAAACGAUUCGCAACCAGAUACUGGAAAAACUAUCCCGUAUGAUGAGGGAUCAAAGCGAGGAGUAUGCCAAGAAAUGGAACGAUCUGUACGAUUACGAGUUUAAGCUGUACAAGCGCAAGGAAAAGGAACAAACGGCAUCACUGAACGCUCUGUUGGAAACAAGCAAGGCCGAUGUGAUGUCUCGAUUCUUUUCGAUGUUUUCGGAUGAGGCUUCCACCGUACCGGAAGACAAUGAAGACGGACAAGCGCUCGCAGUGGAAAGCAUCGAACCAGUCGCCACUACUAGCACCCAGAGUGGAGCACCCAGAGUUUAUCAAACAAUUAAAUUUGAAUAAAAAGUGCUAAACGAAGGGCAAAGACGGAGUGAAUUAAUUUUAGCUCUAAUAAAAAAGAAUAUGAAC